AUGAGUCCAUCAAAGGGGAAACAAAUGCAAUCGAUUCAGGCAGUGAGUUUAGUGUCUGAAGCUGAUGCAAUACGUGCAUUCUUGGACGAGAAGAAAAGGAAGAGAUUGCAAUCAAACAGAGAAUCCGCGAAGCGGUCACGGGUAAAGAAGCAAAGGAAGCUGGAGGAUUUGGCCUUGGAAAAGGGCUGGCUGUUGAAGGACAUAGAGGAGAAAGAGAAGAAGUUAGAGCACUCAGAGAGAGAAUGGCAUGCAUUGGAGUCAGAGAACAAUGUUCUGAUGAGGACUGAAAAAUUGAGAUUGGCUCAGUAUUUGAAUAGCUUGCAUUUGUUGAUGAAAAACCUUGGGAUCUCAUACAAUAAACCUGAGAGAACUCCAGCAGAACCAAUGUUUAAUCCUUGGCAUGUUCCUAUUCCCAAUCAAAAUUUUGGGCCUGUCCUAGCAUCUGCAGGAAUACUUAGGCUUUAG